AUGGCGCUGUGGCUAAAAGCACAGCAACUGUCGCAAGACUCGUUGCAAAAGGUGCGCAAUAUAUAUGGCGAACAUUUCCCGAUUGAAGUGAGACACUUCUUGUCAUCAUGGUUAGAAGAAAAGCUGUGGAAUAACGUAGAUACGGAAAGUCCACAGUUUGAGCACUACGUAAACAGCUUUGUCGGAUCAUUGAUACUCGAGUUAGAAUCAAAAGCAAACACUCUUACCACGGAAGAUAUGUUUGUAACAAAGAUGAAAUUGAUAGAGGCUGCUACCAUGUUCCGACAAAGAUACAGUGACAAUCCAUUGACGUUGUAUAAAAUAAUUAGACACUGUUUGGGCACGGAGAUGAAAUUGGUGGCGGAAGCCGAACAUUUAGGAGGUUUGAUAACCAGUGACAGGGUCAACUUGAUGUUAGGCGACACGGUUACGGAAAUAGCUCAUCAGGUCGAUGUAUUGCGGCGAAAGACAUAUGAGACCGGGGAGGACUUGCGAAAGAUAGAACAGGAGCAGGAAUCUUUCGCUCUUAGUUAUCACGAGUGUACGAAACUCAAUGCCCAUUUGCAACAUAUCGCUAUGCAAGUGCAGAAUCAACAAAAUAUGGAGUUGGAAAAAAAGAUUAGGAGACAAAAAGAACAGCAGGAUCUGCAACUGAGUCAAAAAGUAAAUGGCGUGGUUCGUCUACGUUUGAUGCUUAUGGAGAAAUUGGAUGAUAUUAUUAAAAAAUUGAAUGUUUUACAAUCGAGAAUUCUCGACGACGAGCUAAUAAGGUGGAAGAGAGAUCAGCAAUUGGCUGGUAAUGGUGCAAAUUUCGCGUCCAACAAUUUAGAUUCUAUUCAGGAGUGGUGCGAGAGUCUCGCCGAGCUAAUCUGGCAGACUCGGCAACAGAUCAAGGAAGCGGAACGUUUGAAGCAAAAGUUCCAAUGUGAACCACCAGGCAUUCGAGAUACUCUUCCAACUUUGAACACUCAAAUCACACAAUUUCUCAGUUCGCUUGUCACAAGUACUUUUAUUAUUGAGAAACAACCACCGCAAGUCAUGAAGACUAACACUCGUUUUACAAGCACAGUGCGCCUUCUUGUCGGAGGCAAGUUGAACGUUCACAUGACACCGCCGCAAGUAAAAGUGAGCAUAAUUAGCGAAACACAGGCAAACGCUUUGUUGAAAAGUGAGAAAAUGGCAAAAUGCGGCGAGGUCAGCGGCGAGAUCUUGAAUAACACAGGCACAAUGGAGUAUCACCAGGCGACCAGGCAACUCUCGGUGAGUUUCCGCAACAUGCAGCUGAAGAAGAUCAAGCGGACGGAAAAGAAGGGUACGGAAUCCGUGAUGGAUGAGAAAUUUUCAUUACUAUUUCAAUCGCAGUUUUGCGUUGGCGGAGGCGAAUUAGUAUUUCAAGUUUGGACCCUGAGUUUGCCCGUGGUUGUGAUAGUACACGGUAACCAGGAACCACAUGCAUGGGCAACGGUCACUUGGGAUAACGCGUUUGCCGAACCGGGUAGGCAGCCGUUCCAAGUACCGGAGAAAGUGCCGUGGGCCCAAGUGGCGGAGGCAUUGAACAUGAAGUUCCGCUCGGCGACUGGUCAUCCUUUGACCGAGGACAAUCUCCGAUUUCUCGCGGAGAAGGCAUUCCGAAGCAAUGGCAAUUCAAUCGGUCAGGAUUAUUCGAACAUGCUGUUGAGUUGGGCGCAAUUCUGCAAAGAACCAUUACCCGAAAGAAACUUUACCUUUUGGGAAUGGUUUUAUGCCGUUAUGAAAUUGACCAGGGAACAUCUAAGAGGUCCAUGGAUCGACCGAUACAUCCUCGGAUUCAUCCGGAAGAAACAAGCUGAAGAGAUGCUGGCAAACUGCGCGGUUGGCACUUUUUUGAUGCGUUAUUCCGAUUCAGAACUCGGCGGUAUUACUAUUGCUUGGGUUGGAGAUCAAGCAACAUCAGAACAUGUCUUCAUGCUGCAACCGUUUACUAGCAAAGACUUUGCUAUUCGAAGCUUGGCUGAUCGUCUUGCCGAUAUGCAACAUUUGCAGUAUCUCUAUCCAGAUAUCAGCAAAGAUACUGCCUUCGGCAAAUAUUACACUCCAUUUACUGAUAACCAAACUCAAACGUCAAACGGGUACGUCAAGCCAUAUUUAGUAACACAUGUGCCAGGCUGGGGCGCUCUGCCCAGCAUCGGUGGUCAAACGCCGUCCCAUUCAUCCGUAACAGGCGUAAGCAACAACGGCCAGAGCGGUCCGGGUGGAAGUUACCCUGCCACACCGCAGACUGUAUUUCCACCGCAUAGUCCACCAGAUCCAUCCACGCGGGACACGCCAUCCGUAGCAUCAAGCUACGCUCCGGGUCUCGGCCAGUCAGGCGUUGGGCAGCCAGGUUCGGACAUGGACUACAUGGAGAUGAUGAGUAACAACGAGUUGUCAUCGAUCGACGAAAAUCUCAACUUGGAUCACUUGAACAACUUCGGCUUCGACUUCAUGCAGUACAACCAAUCUACCAAGCUGCAAUAGGAGGUAUGCCUAUACGAGACGCACCGUCGUCCUUGAGAUACGACGGCACAUCCGUAAUGAUCGCCGUUGCAGGCCUAAUCCCGACCUUUCUUCGAUCUCUAUUUGUCAGUCACGCCUGAAGCGCGCCGGAGGCAAUCGAAUGCAAUGUAUCGCGAAUUGUUAACAGGGGAGGGAUAUUAACGUAUCCUAAAAUAAUGCAAUUAUAUUUCUUUUUCUCUCUUCUCUUCUUUUAUAACAACGAUUCAUAGCCAGUGUUUUCUAGCUACGAAAAAAUUGGCUUUCUUAUAUAUCUUUAGAAGAUUAUAGAAAGAUUGUUAUCACUUUUACCUAAUAUGAUAUAUAUGUAAUAUAUCUCUGUUGAUCUUGUUCUCUUAUACUCAAGUUGCACUGACUGAGCCCUUGAAUACAUUCAAGGGCUCUUGCGUAAAUCAUGUUGAUACGUUAAGCAACUCACUAUUAAAUAGAUUCGAAGACAUUCGUAUCUGUUUAAUGAAUUGACGUUGCAACUAAAAUUGUGAUCUUUUUCAUUAAUAUAUCUAAUUUUUUUAAUGAAAAGGAACAAGCUAUUCUUAGAUUCAGUGUUUCUAUAUAUUCCAAAUUUAUUAAUUCUUCUAGUGAGAUAACCAAAAAUUGUUUUUUCAUAUUCGUUUCCGUUAACGAUUUCAUUAAUUUUAUCCUCUCCUUAAGCUCUUCGUAUGUAUCAUUUUUUGUAACGUUCAUGAAUGUAAUUUAAGUUCUUACACAAAAUGUAAAAGAGACUUAGUACAAAGAUUUAUAUAUAUUAUUGUCUAUAACAUAUGAAGUGCUAAGAGAGUAAUUAUAAAUAGAACUGUAUGUCGCUUGUGAAUAGCAGAUUAUAAGCUCUACUAAGCAGAUAUACAUAUAAUAUCUAUCUAUAUUACAUAUAUAUAUAGUAUUACAUAUAGAGAUUGAUAUAACAAUUAUUUUUGUUAAACAUUUAGAUCGUUUUAUAGAGAACAUUUUAACGAAAUACUGUAAAUCAUAUUAUAUUUUUCUUUCUCUUUUUUUUAUAAUAAUUUGUGUAGUUAUGAUACCAUGGUUACAAAUUGGUUUUACAUCUUUAAAUGAUUAUAAAGAGAAAAACAAAUUCCUUGCAAUAUUGCUUGCCUAAUUAAAAUGUUUAGGAUUAUUAGAUAACGAUAGAGACUCAUUGAAGAGAGAUUUUUAGAGCGUACGCUUAUGCUUCAACAAUGCAUAGACCAUCAUUUCCACGAUCACCUAGUCAAAUUGCCAUUUACAUGCAUUUUGAAUUUUGGAAAUAGAGCAUUUGGAUAGUAGCCAAGGAAAAACAGGGAAUCGAUUAAAUUUUUGGUUUCGUCGCAUUUGGUUCAGUUACACAGAAAAGUAAUGUUAAAGGGAACGAUAGCGCGUGUUAUGUAGAUUUAAAAGUGCAUUGUGUGAUGUAACCUGAAGUAAGUGCCUUGCGCAUUUUUAAAUUUUGUAUUCUGCAAUAUUUCGGCAAGUUCUGUAAAGAUCUCGUCGAUUUAAGAUUAUAUCAUUUUAACUAAUUUUUAAGAAAGUUUUUUUAUUUCAGUGAUAUCUCAAAUUUCUUGGACCUAUGUAAUAUUUUGCCGAGAGUUAAGUUGUCUUUGAAAAAUAAUUUAGGGUGUACCUAUGUACUUGCGGCGAUUUAGAUUGAAAUCUAACACAAACUUUUAGAAUUAUUUUUAGAAUUAAGGAAUAUUUUUAGAAAUAUAAAACAGAGAGAGAAGGGAAAAAGUAAGGAGACUAAUUUUCAUAGAAUUUACAUAUCUCCUUAUUUUUUAACUUAAACUAAGUAGCUAUAAUAACUUCAAGUUAUUAUAGAUAAUUACUACGGUGCCCUAUUCCCUCCCCUGUAUGUUUUACGAUAUAACGUGACACGUAUGUUUAAACGCGGAAUAAAGUAAAUUGUAGAGCAAAUAUAA